AUGGGAGGAGCUUGCUCGAGGAAGAGAGAUCAACAAGUUGAGGAUAUAUUAAACAGAGGCGUCUCAGGGAAAUACAGCAAGAGUUCCAGUUCGAAAUGGUUAGCGACUUCGCUCGCUAGGUCCGGCUCCGGUGUUAAACGGGGAAAUGGAGAAUGCCCAUCGCUUAUGGACCUCUGUGUCCGCAAGAUUCAGGAGGACAUCGAUAGAUAUACCAAAUUCUCUGACCUACCGAGGGAUAUCAGUCAGCAGAUUUUUGAUGAGUUGGUGAAUACUCAACGGUUAAGUUUAAAGUCUCUUGAGGCAUUUCGAGACUGUGCAAUUCAGGAUCUUUACUUGGGAGACUACCCUGGAGUUAAUGAUGAAUGGAUGGGUGUCAUCUCCUCGCAAAGUACAUCGUUGCUUUCUGUUGAUUUUUCAGGGUCUGAUGUCACAGACUCUGGCCUGGUUUCUUUAAAAGGUUGCAGAAACCUGGAAUCCUUAAACUUUAAUUUCUGUGACCAGAUUUCAAACCGUGGCCUGGAGCAUCUCAGCGGCCUUACAAAUUUGACAAGCCUGAGCUUUAGAAGGAAUGCUGCAAUCACUGCACAAGGCAUGCGUGCCUUCUCCAACUUGGUCAACAUGAAGAAGCUAGAUCUUGAGAAAUGUCCUGGUAUUCACGGUGGCCUCGUUCAUCUGCGAGAUUUAACCAAGUUAGAGUCCUUGAACAUAAAGUGGUGUAACUGCAUAACGGAUGCAGACAUGGAGCCUCUCUCAGGACUUACAAAUCUGAGGAGCUUACAAAUCUGCUGCAGUAGGAUUACCGACUUUGGUAUCAGCUACCUUAAAGGGCUAAACAAGCUUAAUUUAUUGAACUUGGAGGGGUGCCGUCAUGUUACUGCUGCAUGCCUGGACACACUCACAGCUCUUACAGGUCUGAUGUUUCUGAACCUAAACAGAUGCAAUUUCUCAGACAGCGGGUGUGAAAAGUUUUCUGAUUUAAUAAAUUUGAAGAUAUUGAACUUGGGGAUGAACAACAUUACCAAUUCAUGCUUGGUCCAUCUGAGAGGUUUGACAAAGUUGGAGAGCUUGAACCUGGAUUCUUGUAGAAUUGGUGACGAAGGACUGGUACAUUUAUCAGGUUUGCUUGCGUUGAAAUCUCUGGAGUUGUCCGAUACCGAAGUAGGAAGCCACGGGCUUCGCCAUAUCUCUGGUCUGUCAAACCUGGAGAGCUUAAACUUGUCAUUCACUGUUGUGACGGAUAGCGGUUUAAGGAAGCUAUCUGGCUUGACAUCUCUUAGAACACUGAAUCUGGAUGCACGUCACAUUACUGAUGCUGGCCUCUCCGCUCUUACAAGUUUGACUGGGUUGACUCACCUAGAUCUCUUCGGUGCUCGUAUCACAGAUUCUGGAACAAAUCAUCUACGAAACCUGAAGAAACUGGAGUCACUUGAAAUAUGUGGUGGUGGAUUGACUGAUGCUGGUGUCAAGAACAUAAAAGAUCUUCCAUCCCUCACACUCCUCAAUCUAUCACAGAACUCCAACCUCACAGACAAAACACUAGAGUUGAUUUCUGGAUUGACCGGAUUGGUCUCUCUAAACGUCUCAAACUCUCGAGUAUCAAACUCAGGGCUACGCCACCUGAAGCCAUUGAAGAACCUGAGAUCUCUGACCUUGGAGUCCUGCAAGGUCUCUGCUAAUGACAUCAGGAAGCUUCAGGCGACCGAUCUGCCAAACCUAGUCAACUUCCGUCCCGAGUAA